CAUUCAGCAUCUCUAGUGCAUGCGCCUAGGAAGCACACACACCACACCAAGCUGCCUCUAGCAGCCAUAUCCAUUCCCCUCUUUCCGAAGCUAAAGAGGUACAUUUUGCCGCCAUGGCGGUCGCAUCGCAUUCGAUCUCGCGCAUAGCUGGCCUAAGCGCGACAUCCGCAAUCCAAUCCAUGCACCCGCGACAUCCAGUGCGAGCCAGAGCGAUCUGCCCCUCCACCCGUGCUUCCUUCUCGUCCAUCGCAUCCAUCGCAUCCAUCGCAUCCGUUCGCCCGCUUCUUCUGAAAGCUCCCAACCUGCAUUCUUCAUCCCUCGCUGCCGCUCACCGCCGAUCACGAUCGCGUUCUAGCAGGGGGGAGGUCCUCCGCGUUCAGCCCGUCUCAGCGGUAGCGGCGGCGGCGACAGCGGCGGCGGAGACAAAGGAGCAGCUAGAAGCCAAGGCGGAGCGGUUCUGGAAAUGGCUGGUGGAUCAAGGAGUCGGCGACAAGGAUUUGCCGGCGGUCGUCAAGCCGGCAGUUUUGACGGCGGCUGACGGCCAGCCGCGACUAGCCCUUGUGGCCGACCGGGACAUCCGGUCGGGCGACGAUUUGUUGAUGGUGCCGCUAAGCGCGUGCUUGACGCUCGACAAGGUCCUUAGGUCCGACAUUGGCGCCGUGUGCGACGACGUCAGGCCGUGGGUGGCGCUGGCGCUGUUCGUCAUCCGCGAGCGAGCCAACCCCAGCUCCGAGUGGGCGCCCUACCUCGACACCCUGCCCGCCACGCUCAACUCGCCGCUCCUCUGGUCGGACGAGGAGCUCCAGAUGCUGGAAGGCACGCAGCUGCUGGCACUGCAGCAGCAGUACGCGGACUACAUAGCGUCGGAGCACCAGGCGGCGCUGGACGCCAUAGUGCUGCCCAACCCCGCGCUCUUCCCGGCGCCUGAGCUCUUCUCGCUGGGCGCCUUCACGUGGGCCUUCACCCUCCUGCGCGCGCGCUCCUUCCCGCCCUUCACCCGCGACGACGCCGCGCUUGUGCCGUUGCUCGACAUGGUGUCGCACAGCACGGACUCUCCCGAGGGCAAGUGGCAGGCGCGGGCGGUGGGCGGGGGGCUCUUCUCUGCAGGCAGGGACGUGGUGGCCGGCGCUGCCAGGCAGCCCUACCAGAAGGGUGAUCUGAUCACAGUCAAUUUCGGCAAGGAAAAGUCCAAUGCGCAGCUAGCCAUCGACCACGGCAUCGUAGACGCGCCCACCAUCACCCCCUCCCCCUCCUCCGCCCCCGCCUCCUCCUCUCAAGACCCCCAGCAGCCGGAGCAGCAGCAGCAGGGCGCACUCGGCGCGCUGGUGAGCAGCGUGGCCAGCGGGGUGGCCAGCGGCGUAAGCAACGUGUCGAGCAUGGUAUCAGUAGGCAAAGCUGUGGCCGCAGUGGAGGCAGCCAAGGUCGCCGCAAAGGCCGCCGCGGCAGCCGCAGCCACGGGCGCGGGGACCCGCGACGCCUUCUCGCUCACGCUGGAGAUUGCGGAGAGUGACCGGUUCUUUGACGACAAGGCGGACAUUGCGGAGCAGAGCGGGCUGGCUGCUGUGGCGGACUUCGACAUUGUGGCCGGGCAGGGCGUGCCUGACGACAUGGUGGCGUUUCUGAGGCUUGUAGCGCUGGGAGGGGCGGACGCGUUCCUGCUGGAGGCGUUGUUCCGCAACAGUGUGUGGGAGCACCUGCUGCAGCCGGUGAGCCGCGAGAACGAGGAGGCGGUGUGCGUGGGCAUCAUGGACUCGUGCGCCGCUGCACUCGCUGCCUACCCCACCACAUACGACCAGGACCUGGCCCUGCUCCCCUCGCUCCCCGAGGGCAGCCGCGAGCAGGUGGCGGUGGUGGUGCGCAUGGGCGAGAAGGCCGCUCUGGUCGAGCUGCAGUCGUGGGCGGCGCGGCGGGUGCGCGCGCUGGACUCGCUGCUCUACUACGCCGAGAGGCGCCUCUCUGACCUUGGGCUGCUGGACGAGGGAGGCAACAUGACGCCCUGGGUGGGCGUGCAGUGACCGGGGGCCGAGGGGGAGACUGGGAGGGAGGGUGGUUGGGGGUAGGGGUUGGCUUUACGCUGAGCACUGCCUCUCCGACCUGGGGCUGCUGGACAAAGGGGGUAACAUGAUGCCCUAAGUAGGCGCCUAGUGAGAGAGGUGGGGUGGGCUUUCCUUAAUGCCGUGCGCUGCUGUGCUGUUCAGGGGGUGGGGUUGGAGGCGAAGCCUUGUUUGUAUUGCAGUGCACCAGUGUGGCUGAUCGUUUAUGCCCCACACCACACUUCCUUAGCUAGCAAAAUAUUGAUUCCUACUGUCCUCGUAGGGUCAGCUUAAUAGUUCCGCUCUGUGCGCUGCAUCAGGACAGGAAGGAUAAUUUUACCCUAGGCUCUUACCGUAGAGGUGCAGGUACAGUACACAGAGAGCAUCAGGAAUCUGUGCACUCGUGACAUGACACAAUCUGUGCAGGAAUGAACAGUUAGUAGUAGU